AUGUCAGACUCCGCCAUACGAAAACGCUCCCGCGUCGCCUGCACGUCCUGCCAGUCACGCAAGCGCAAAUGCUCUGGAGGCCAACCAUGCACUAUCUGCGCCCAAUUCGGCACUGAAUGUCAUUACGAUUACUUCUCCCGCAAGAAGAAAGACGUCAAACCGAAUCCGUACGCUACUGUGUUUCAUACCGCACCGACAGCGCCAACGGCGGCCACCUCGACGACCAAUUCGAGCGAUCUAACCUCCACCGCGGACGAGAAGAGGAGCCGCAGCCCCGUUGAGCCGGACCACAUCCAUCCCACCUCCCUCGAGGUCAAUUCGGGCGCUGCGUUCGUGAGACGGUUGGGCCUGAAGCUUGAGACAGCACAUGCACCGCGAUUGCAUUUGUUUGCUUGGAAUGUCGGGGCCCGUACACCGUCCGCUGAGUCGAUGGUAUCAUCGUCCGCGGGGUCGACCAUAGUCGAUAUUAUCUCGCAGGACGAGAUGCGCUCGUUUAUAGCAGUUUGGUUUGAGAAAAUUGACCCCUGCUACGGUUUCAUCGACCGCGAUUAUCUCCUCCGCCAGGUCAGUCGGCGAUGGCUACCGCCUUCGUCCGAAUCAGCACUGGGCCCCGGCCCCUAUGACGCGGUACUCUGCGGUCUCGCGGCGAUGGGGAUGCUCUUCUCACGACGAAAGGGGUCGGUCGCCGAAGCUCGAGUUGCGGAUUGCGGACGGCAAAUCCUCGAGAAACACGUCACCUCCGAUUCCCCCUCUGCCGCCAUCAUCACCGGCUGGGUCCUACGAGUCUCCUACCUCCGCAUGACGGCGUCCCCCCAUGCAGCUUGGAUGGCUAGCUGCACGACAAUGCACCUCGUCGAGGCCGCCGGAAUGCAUCUCGAGAAUCCUUCGGAUAAUGGCUUCCUCCGCCCGGACGACGAGAGCUAUUGCAGCCGCGAACUCCGUCGCAGACUCUUCUGCAUGGCUCGCCAUCUCAAUGUCUGGGUCUCCUUCGAGCUAGGCCGCUCGCGAGUCGUCCUGCACGGCGCAAACUCGCUCGCCCCGGCGCGCAGGGUAGACGUCAACACAACCCAAUUCUACACCGAGAUCUUCGAGUUGCUCCCUGUCUCCGAGAGCUUGGAUCCAGUUCGAUCGUCGGACUCGACUGAUCUCGAAGCCGCGCUCUCCGAUGUCCUGGACGGGGAGUACGUCCCGUACAUCCUCAUCCUGGUACAAUGCAACCUCGUCCUCUGUAUCUACCGCCGUCUCCGCGCGCUCAACCACUCCAUCUCCGCAAAACUACUCGAUCGCGUCGUCGCCCUCGCCGCAAAGGCCCUCCACGCCACCCGCGAACUAACCGCCUCCGUCUGUCCAUGGCAGUACAUCGCCAUCGUGCCCUUCCAGGUCGUCUGUACACUGCUGGCAAUGGAUAACCGCAAGUCAUUGGCCUUGCUCGGAGACGCAAUGCACACGCUCGGCGAAGUCGCCGCUGCAUACGACACAGAUGUCAUGCGGGAGGCAUACAGUACAGCAUACUUGCUUAUCCUGCUACAUCAGCGACGGAAAGAAGAAGAUACAAGGGUUAUCGGCAAUGUGCUGCAGGUUAAUAGCGUUGCGUCGUUAUUAACGCCGCAUAACGCUUCUUCUGCUCCUGCUCGUAUCCAUCAGCAGGCUGUCGCUGUGCCCGAUGAUGCGACUGUGAACAGCAAUAACGCUAUCCCUCCUGAUACUGCUUCUACUUCGACUGCCGCCGACAGCAAUCAUGCGGGCCAUGCACAUGCGCACGCCUACGGUGUGUCACCACCAACGCACUCUGAGUUCUCGUGGUUGGGCGAUUUGAUGAUCGAUAUGCCGAGCUUGCAGAAUUUUGAUCUAGAUCAGUUUCUUACUACUGAUGUACCAUGGCCGUUACCGGAGAUGGGGAUUUAA